GGGCGGAGCUUUCCGGUCGGUCAGGAAGAGGAGAAAGGCGGACACAGAACGUCAAGCGAUGGCAGCCAUCAGGAAGAAGUUGGUGAUAGUCGGGGAUGGUGCAUGUGGGAAGACCUGUCUGCUCAUCGUCUUCAGCAAGGACCAGUUCCCAGAGGUCUACGUGCCCACCGUGUUUGAGAACUAUGUGGCAGACAUUGAGGUGGACGGCAAACAGGUAGAGCUUGCGCUUUGGGACACAGCCGGUCAGGAGGACUAUGACCGACUGAGGCCUCUCUCCUACCCUGACACUGAUGUUAUUCUCAUGUGCUUCUCUGUAGACAGCCCUGACAGUUUAGAGAAUAUUCCGGAAAAGUGGACCCCUGAAGUGAAACACUUCUGUCCAAAUGUUCCCAUUAUUCUGGUGGGCAAUAAAAAAGAUCUGCGCAACGAUGACCACACCAGACGAGAGCUCGCCAAAAUGAAACAGGAGCCAGUGAAAUGCGAAGAUGGCAAAGAGAUGGCAAACCGCAUCAGUGCCUACGGCUACCAGGAGUGCUCUGCCAAAACCAAAGACGGUGUGAGGGAAGUCUUUGAGAUGGCAACUCGGGCAGCACUGCAGGCCAAGAAGCGUGGCAGGAGGUCCAACUGCGCUCUGUUAUAGGCUCUGGGAGAAGAGGGAGCUGCCUUCAAGCACAGAUAGAAAGGGAGAAAAUUGGGGAGGGGCCGAAAACAUUUUGCUGUUGCUCAAUUUCUUAUCAACCAUUUAUCCUCAACAAAAGUAAAGCAGGUCUUAAAUUAUUUGAUAGGCUCCCUACACCUUCCUCUGCCUAUAUAUUGGAUUUUGUGCCAUUUUGCUCUCUAUCAAAAACCUUCAGAUCCAAAAGCAGGUGGCGAGGAACGAUUUGUAAACGUGGUGGAAAUGUGCUACGAUGGGAAUGAAGAGAGAAAGGGUCCUCAGCAGGCCAAAGACCAUGGGGACAGAGAGAAAGAGAGAGAGAGACACACACGGAAAAAAUACAUUAACAUAGAAUUGGUUUUUAAUUAAGACUUUGUCAAAGUGGAUUUUACACAGUAUCGCCUACGUGUAGUGCCUUGAGAGCAGCGGCCAAGAAGAUUAUGUUGUGGGUUUGAAAUUGAAAUUACUAAGCUAGGAUAUUUUUUUCUAAUUUGGAGUCUCCACACAUGACAUUUGAAAAUGUCCCCCUAACCCCACCUCACCCCACCUUGCCCGCCCGCCCGCCUCUGUCAUUGGCUAUGCUCAUUCAGGCCCAUAUUCUGACUCGGGCGCUAUGCAGAGGUAUGCCUAAACUAGAUUGUAUGAUAUAUUUUCCCAUACCUAAUUACUUGCCUGUACUUUAGAGAGAGAGAGUGUGUGUGAGUGAGCGAGCUUGCGCACGUGAUUGCGCACGCAACUGUAUGGUGGUUUGCUUUCUCCAGUGCAGAUCUGCAUGCGGUGAAUGUGUGUAGAUUUUUUUUUGUGUGUGUGUGUAUUAACAUGUGUGUCUAUGUACUGUAUGCAUGGUAAGGUCUUAUGCGUUACUGACCUAACUCCUUUGUUUCCAUGCCAAAGUUACCCAUGAUGACCACUUUUUGUGACGAAGAUGGGUAAUGGAAUUAACAGCUACUCAGUGACAUAGAAACUUUGGGCAUUGUAUAUCUAGAGGCACAAUCAGGUUAAACAUGAGUUUUUAGGACCUUUUUUGUGUGUACAGGAAAUUCAUUUGAUUGUGUUAAUCAGUGGGUCAAAUCUUGAGUGAUGUAGUUAAGUUGAAUAUUCUUUCAGAUUGAUUAUAUAUUUGUGUUGUUACCAUAAUGUCUAUCAUGUACUGUAUGUCUUACACAGCUUUGUAAGAUGUUAAUGUGUUUUUCGAAUUUGCCUUUUACUCUAUUCCCAUCCCUUCUUCAAUGAUGUUGUCUGUAUUGUACUAUAACUUUUUAUUGUUGAUGUCUCUAAUUUUCUUAGUAUAUCUUAAUUAGUUUACUUAAUCCUGCUGUUAUGAUCAAUUUAUGUCAGUUUAAUGAUAAAUUGUAACCGUUUAGUUAAUUGAAGUUAAUGCUUGGGGUGCAAGGCUAAAAUGGUUUUGGAGAUGGGCCUUUUUUGUAUUGUGACCUAUUAUGGUUUUUCUUUACGGAUUGUUUUCCCCAAAUAAAGCUGAUAAUAGUU